AUAUUUUUUGUUUAUCAACAAGAAAAAUAUAUAUCAUGGCGUAAGUGUUUUUAGUGUUUUUCUACAUAUAUUGUGUGCUAAAAAAAUGCUAUAUUAAAUUAAUGUAAGACUUAAUUAUUUUAAUUAAAUCGCAGAUCAACUUCUGCUGAAAAUUCUCACACACGUCGUCGCGUAACGUACCGGCAGUUAGAAAUUCUGUGGGAAUUUUUAAAUUCCAAUAAGGACGUGGCUGUCGGUUUUAAUAAAUCUGCCCAAGCGCGAGAAUACGCAAAACGUAUGUGGGAAGAAGUCGCAGAAGCAUUAAAUUCAUUGGGAGAAGGAGCUUUUAAAGACUGGAAAGGAUGGUCAAAUUAUUGGGUGGAUUAUAAAGCUAAAUUAAAAAGAAGAGUUGCUGCAGUACGUCUGUCUCAAAACCGUACUGGAGGUGGACCUUCGAAUGUUCCACCCUUGGAUGCACUAGAACAAAAGUUCUUGAGCAUUUUAGGGGCAGGUUUCGGUUCGGGCUUGAGUAAUGUACAAGUCGACCCAUUUCCAAACAUACCAAGUACUAGUGGCACUGCAUUGAGAUCAGAACCUCUGGACACCGACUCUGAUGCAGUAAUGAUUGAGAUCACUGCAUCAGAGUCAGAGUCCAGAGGAGACAUACAUAUAACAACUAUAGAUACACAAAACACAGGAACUGAAGAGCUUCCACAUCCUCAAAUAGAAGAAGUUCCUACAGAAGCCCCUCCGUCUCGCCCGACACGUCGUAGACCAAGACAACAGAGAACUGUUAGCAUGGAGGCAGCAAGGAAUGCUUUAAUAGAUGUUGCAAGGUCACGACUAGAAGAACAAAGAAGACAGACAGCUAUUAUGGAGCAAAUGCUCAAUACAUUAAAUAGGAUAGCUGAAUCAAUUAACAGAAGCUCGAGAACUCCAGAGGCGAGAAACGAGGGCGCGCCUGGCAGCUAAACCUUCAUUUAAUUCUACACUUGAAGACUGAGACAGAUCAUGGUGAGCA